AAGAAUUUGCCUCGUUCAUGAGAAGGAUGGAGGCCAACAAAAUUGAUCAUGUGAUUCUGGAGACCGUGGACAAGCAACUGGUCGAAGGCCGAUCAACUCAACCUGCUCCGUCGCCCACGAAGUCCGUCCAGGGCGGCGCGUCGGUCCCAGCGCUCAAAUCAAACGUCGCGGCGCAUCUCCGCCCACGGCUGAAUCACGACCUGCACGCCAUCGACGCGAUUCUUCCUCGACGGCGUGGCGGUGCGAUUCUCGACGCGCGACUUGGCCAGCACGGCCGCGUCGUCGCUGAGAAAUAACUUCGCAAAAAUUAUCGGUGCACCCGAGUCACGGGUUGAUUUGCGCACAGGUCGGUCCUGACGCGAGCCACGUCCCCGCCCAUCGGCAGGACCGGGCGGCACCUCGCGGCGCUCGGGCCGAGCGAGGAGCCCCAGGCCGUCUCGACGUGGUUGCGCCAGUACCGGAGGAUUGCCGACUACUCCUCCAUCUCGCAGACGCGGAGCUUCUACAUGGGCAAUCCCCCGGAAGAGAACUCCACCAUCGCGAACAUGGUGCCGCGCCUCGAGUACAACCUCAAGGCGCGCCAGCUCCAGCGGAUCAAGUUCGGGGAGGUGCUGAGCUCGGGCGGCGCGCGCUACCCGCUCAUGGAGCACAAGCGGGACGCGGACCGAUUAUACGAGGUGCACGGCAAGCCGCUCUACGAGCUCGAGGCGCUCGAGGCCGUCGCGACGUCGCCCCGCGGCACGGCCCCGAUCGACGCCUUCGACCAGGACGCCCACUGGAGCCAGCGCCUCGCGAUGGUGCCGACGCACGCGAUGCUUGCGAAGCAAGCGACGAAGCUCGCGGAUCUGAAGCACAAGUUUAAGAUCAAGACAUAGCUAGCCUCCAAUUGUGCCCACCCCCAGGUAGUCGUCCGGGACCGCACCCGCACCCGCACGUACAAAAGCUUGGAUUUUGCUGGAUUGGAUUUUGGGCAGCUGAAAAGGGUCGGAUGAUGCGCCACGCGCUGCCGCAGUGAUCGCAUAACUGGUCGACGAUGUUACGGGUACCCAGGAGCCUGUGGAGGUCAUGCUCGGGGCUGGCGCGGACGCGAGUCUGCACAAAUUCAAGACUUCGCAUCGGCUACCCAUCGUCAAACUUUGGGAGGCGCGCGUACAGCGACUUAGGCGACGACGCGAAGAAGCGAGAUAUUCUGGAGCACUUGCUCUCGACCGUCGAGCGCGAGCACGGCAGCGAUGGCGUGGAGGUAGCCGCCGUGCUGGGGAACCUCGGGGAGGUGCACAAUCAAUUGGGAGACUACGCCAAGGCGCGAGACGUCCUGGAGCGCGCGCUCCCGAUCUACGAGCGUGAGCAAGGCAACGAAAGGCAAGUGGCCAACACGCUGGGUAACCUAGGGAACGCGCACGGUGGCUUAGGUGACCACGCGAAAAAGCGAGACAUGCAGGAGCGCGCGCUCGCGAUCAAGGAGCGGGUGCACGGCCGCGACCACCCGGAAGUAGCCAACACGCUGUUCAAUCUCGCCCAAGCGCAUGGCAAAUUAGGCGACCUCCCCAAGAGACGCGAGCUCCUAGAACGCGUCCUCCCGAUAUUUAAGCGCGCUCACGGACCUGACCAUCCGUACACGAAGGGGUGUCAAGGACAACUCACCUACACACUGAUGGAACUCGGGAAUACGUAUGGCAAAUUAGGCGACCACGCGAAGAAGCGAGACAUUCUAGAGCAUGCACUCGCGAUGCAGGAGCGGGCGCACGACAGCGAUGGCGUGGAGGUAGCCGCAGUGUUGUUUGAGCUCGGGAAAGCGUACGGCAAAUUAGGCGACCAGACGAAGAAACGAGACAUGAUGGAGCGCGCGCUCACGAUCGAGGAGCGGGAGCUCGGCCGCGAUCACGUGCAAGUGGCCGCCACGCUGAAUGUCCUCGGGGUUGUGUACGGCGAAUCAGGCGACCACGCGAAGGCGCGGGACAUGUUCGAGCGCGCGCUCUCCGUCUUUGAGCGCGAGUACGGCAAGGACAGCACGCAAGUGGCCACCACGCUGCAGGCCCUCGGAAUCCCGUACGGCGCCUUAGGCGACCACGCCAAGUCGCGAGAGGUCCUGCUUCGCGCGCUCGCGAUCAACGAGCAGGCGCACGGGCCCGAUCAUCCCAGCACAAAGCAGACCAAGAAAGUUCUCGCCGUACUUCAGAGCAAGGCGCCACCGCCGGACUUCGACGCUGAGGCAGAAAUAGCGAACGCGUCGAAGAUGCGCAUCAAGGAACUGCAGACUGCCCUCGGCAAGAUGGGCGUGUCGACGCGCGGCCUGUUUGAGAAAACGGAGCUCGUCGACGCGUACGUCGGCGCGUUGCGGGACGGCAAGCGGCCCGACGCGCCCGCGAACGGCGACGAUAAGACGUCGAAGACGGGGUCGGCGAAGGCUUCACUCACACCCCUCGACGUCGUUUUUGAUGUUAUCAACGACACCCUAGAGAAAGAAGGGAGUGGAGGCGAAAACAAAAAGGAGCUGGAGCGCCUGCUAGUGAUUGUCGAGCGUGUAAAAGCGGGAGUCGGUGAUGGCGCGCGCGUUGGAGGCGACGACCUAAAGGAGCUGGAGCGCCUACUGCUCCCGAUUUUCGAGCGUAAGCGCGGUACGGACAGCAUGGAAGUGGCAGCCUUGUUGUCUGGGCUCGGGCAGGCUUACCUGAAACUCGGCGACUAUGCCAAGGCGCGUGACCUACUGGAGCGCGCGCUCGCGAUCAUCGAGCGGACGUACGGCCCCGACCACGCGAUAGUGGCCGUCACGCUGACGAACCUCGGGCUCGCGUACGGCGAGUUAGGCGACCACGCGAAGAAGCGAGACCUGCUAGAGCGCGCGCUCGCAAUCGACGAGCGGACGUACGGAAGCGACCACGCGGAACUAGCAAUUACACUGAUGAACCUCGGGAACGCGUACGGCCAAUUAGGUGACCAGACGAAGAAACGAGACGUGCUAGAGCGCGCGCUCACGAUCUACGAGCGCGAGCACGGUAGCGAUAGUCCGCAAGUGGCCCUCACGCUGAUGAAUCUCGGGAAUGCGCAAGGCGACCAUAGCAAGCGGCGAGAUAUGCUGGAGCGUGCGCUCGUAAUCCAGGAGCGGGCGUACGGCCGCGACCACGCAGAAGUGGCCGGAACGCUGACGAACCUUGGUGGCGUGCACAUUGAUUUAGGCGACCACGCCAAGGCGCGAGACUUCCUGGAGCGCGCGCUCGCGAUCUUUGAGCGGGCGUUUGGCCGCGAUCACACGAGGGUGGCCGACACGCUGUUCAAUCUCGGGGGCGCGUAUUCUUAUCUAGGCGACCACGCGAAGGCGCGAGACGUGCUGGAGCGCGCACUCGCUGUCUACGCGCAGGCAUUCGGAAGCGACCACCCGAAGGUGGCAAACACGCGGACAAUCCUCGAAAACACGCUGAAAAACCUCGCAGCCGACUUGGAGAUCCCGCUGCACACUGCGGCGAUGAGAGGCGACGUCGAUGCGAUAACGCGGCUCCUGGACGGCGGCGCCGAGGUCGACCAGGCAGAGGAGGACGGCAAAACACCGCUGCUCGUUGCGUGCGCUUUAGGCCACGUCGACGUGGUGCGGCUAUUGCUGGAAAAGGGUGCCGACGUUGAUCGGGCGACGGAGAACGGUAUGACGCCGCUGUUCAUCGCCUGUACUGCGGGCCAUGUCGACGCAGUGAAGCAGUUGCUGGACAAAGGUGCUGCGGUCAAUCGGGCGUGGGAGGACGGCGCGACGCCGCUGUUCUUCGCCUGCCAGGAGGGCCACGUCGACGCGGCGCGGCUGGUGCUGGAGAAAGGCGCGGAGGUCGAUCGUGCGAGGGACAACGGAGCGACGCCGCUGUUCAUCGCCUGCUUUUACGGCCACGUCGACACGGCGCGGCUGGUGCUGGACAAAGGCGCGGACGUCAAUCGGCCGGAAGAGGGCGGGCGGACGCCGCUAUGGCAAGCGUGCUACGAGGGUCAGGUCGACGCGGCGCGGCUGUUGUUGGAGCGUGGUGCUGAGGUUGAUCGGGCGACAAAGGACGGUAUGACGCCGCUAUUCAUCGCCUGCCAGAACGGGCACGUCGACGCGGCGCGGCUGUUGUCAGAUAAAGGCGCGGAGGUCGACCGGGCGGACAAGAACGGGCAGACGCCGCUGUACAUCGCCUGUGCUGUGGGCCAGGUCGACGCGGCGCGGCUUUUAGUGGACAAAGGCGCGGAGGUCGAUCGGGCGGUGCAGGGCGCGACGCCGCUGAUGGUCGCCUGCCAGCAGGGCCACGUCGACGUGGUGCGGCUGUUGGUAGAUAAAGGCGCGGAGGUCGACCGGGCGGCGGAGGACGGUCGGACGCCACUGUUCGUCGCAAAAAGCAAGGGUCACUCGUCCAUCGUCGCGUUCCUCGGGGAGCACCAGAAGUGACUACGGGUACGUAUACGCCCAACUCGGUGACUCUUCCGACAUUAACUCCAUCUCGUCCCGGCGCGAAGCGUCUCCGUAAAUGCGGUUCAAUACAUGAAUAACACAGAAACCCACUACUUAUCCUUCUUCCCCUGCUUCCGCCGCUUUCCAUAUCACCCCAAUUGGUAUAUGCUCCCACCCGCGCGGCAGGCCGCCGCACGCCGCCGCCGCCGCCGCCGCGACGCGCGCCACGUCCGUCGCGUUCAGGUCGACCCGCGCGACGGUCUUGAGCCAGCGGUCGGGGUCGCGGACGCCCUUGACCAGCGGGUACCGCUCCUCGGCCGGCCGCUUCUCAUUCUGAUUCGCGGCGGUUCACGAAGGCCGGCCUUCUGAUGAAUAAUUAUUAAGCUUGCUAGUGUGUAGGACGCUAGCCCUUUUGACAGCCACCCGGCCAGGGCUUGUAAGGCUAAAAAAUCUAGGUCAAAUCCACGUACAGACGCCAUACAGCUGCACCACCAGCGCCGUGGUGUUUAGGAGAACGAAAGAGGCUCUGCACAAACAGCAUGGCGUCCCUAGGCUGGAACACAGAGUCGACGCUGCUCCCAAAAAAAGCCAAGAAGAUCGCCGCGCCCAACACAUCAAUGGGCGCACUGAAGGACGAGGUCUUCGCCGCGUCCAUGACCGCCGCGGCGGCCGGCGGCAAGGGAAAAUACGCCCGCGGCACGGCGUCGCGGCGGAGGACCGACGCCGACGACCUCGACUCGGCGGGCCGGAAGCGGCCGCGGCGGCGCGAGGCGCGGCGCGCGCGCGAGGAAGGCGACGAUGACGACCGCGCCGCGGCGUCGCGGCGCAAGCUCGAGGCGAAGGCGAGACUCUACGACGACCUGCGGCGGGGCGAGGCGCGCGCGCCGGCCGAAUUUCUGGUCACGUUCGACGACGCGGGCGCGGCGCCCCCGCCGGCCCGCGUCGCCGAGCAGGAGAGCGGCGGCACGCGCUGGGCCUGGGGCCGGGGCGAGGCCGAGGCGCCCCCGUCCAUGAGUGGUGCGGAGCUGCUCGACGUGGCAGCGCGACGCGCGGCGGCGGACCGCGCCCGGGACGAGCGGCCCGAUAACGACGACGACGCCGCGCCGCGCUCGGACACGGCCGUCAAGAGCCAGUGGGAGAAGACCCUCAACCGGGACGAGAAGAGCCAUCUAGGCGAGAUCCACGCCGAGGCGGAGCGCGAACGCGCCGCGGCGCCGGCUCGCCAAGCGCAAGAAAAAGCGCGCGUCGCGGGCCUGGCGCGGCUCAUCGGACGCCUCGAGAAGGAUAAGUGA